CGGCGAGGGGGGGGAAGAUGGCGGACGUGCUCAGCGUCCUGCGACAGUACAACAUCCAGAAGAAGGAGAUUGUGGUGAAGGGAGACGAAGUAAUCUUCGGGGAGUUCUCCUGGCCCAAGAAUGUCAAGACCAACUAUGUAGUUUGGGGGACUGGAAAGGAAGGCCAACCCAGAGAAUAUUACACAUUGGAUUCUAUAUUAUUUCUUCUUAACAAUGUGCACCUCUCUCAUCCUGUUUAUGUCCGACGUGCAGCCACUGAAAACAUUCCUGUGGUUCGAAGACCUGACCGAAAAGAUCUACUUGGAUAUCUCAAUGGUGAAGCAUCAACAUCGGCAAGUAUUGACAGAAGUGCCCCCUUAGAAAUAGGUCUACAGCGAUCUACUCAAGUUAAACGAGCUGCAGAUGAAGUUUUAGCAGAGGCAAAGAAACCACGAAUUGAGGAUGAAGAAUGUGUGCGUCUUGAUAAAGAGAGAUUGGCUGCUCGUUUGGAGGGUCACAAAGAAGGAAUUGUACAAACAGAACAGAUUAGGUCUUUGUCUGAAGCUAUGUCAGUGGAAAAAAUUGCUGCAAUCAAAGCCAAAAUUAUGGCUAAGAAAAGAUCUACUAUCAAAACUGAUCUAGAUGAUGAUAUAACUGCCCUUAAACAGAGGAGUUUUGUGGAUGCUGAAGUAGAUGUGACCCGAGAUAUUGUCAGCAGAGAGAGAGUGUGGAGGACACGAACAACUAUCUUACAAAGCACAGGAAAGAAUUUUUCCAAGAAUAUUUUUGCAAUUCUUCAGUCUGUGAAAGCCAGAGAAGAAGGACGUGCACCUGAACAGAGACCAGCUCCAAAUGCAGCACCUGUGGAUCCCACAUUGCGCACCAAACAGCCUAUCCCAGCUGCCUAUAACAGAUAUGACCAGGAAAGAUUUAAAGGAAAAGAAGAAACUGAAGGCUUCAAAAUUGACACUAUGGGUACCUACCAUGGUAUGACACUGAAAUCUGUAACGGAGGGUGCAUCUGCUCGCAAGACUCAGACUCCUGCAGCACAGCCAGUACCAAGACCAGUUUCCCAAGCAAGGCCUCCUCCAAAUCAGAAAAAAGGGUCUCGAACACCCAUUAUCAUAAUUCCAGCAGCUACCACCUCUUUAAUAACCAUGCUUAAUGCAAAAGACCUUCUGCAGGAUCUGAAAUUUGUCCCAUCAGAUGAAAAGAAGAAACAAGGCUGCCAGCGGGAAAAUGAAACUCUGAUACAGAGAAGAAAAGACCAGAUGCAACCAGGGGGCACUGCAAUCAGUGUGACAGUUCCUUAUAGAGUAGUAGACCAGCCCCUUAAACUUAUGCCACAGGACUGGGACCGAGUUGUAGCAGUUUUUGUACAAGGCCCUGCAUGGCAAUUCAAAGGUUGGCCUUGGCUUUUGCCCGAUGGAUCGCCAGUUGACAUAUUUGCUAAAAUUAAAGCCUUCCAUCUCAAGUAUGAUGAAGUUCGUCUAGAUCCAAAUGUUCAGAAAUGGGAUGUUACAGUAUUAGAACUCAGCUAUCACAAACGUCAUUUGGAUAGACCAGUUUUCUUGCGGUUCUGGGAAACAUUGGAUAGGUACAUGGUAAAACAUAAAUCCCACUUGAGAUUCUGA